AUGACUCUCCAUCAGUACGAUUACAUCUUUGCCAUUGGCACCUUCUUUGCCCUGCUCGAUGCCUUCAACAAUGGCGCAACUGAGUUCAGAGCCAGGCGCACCUCCUAUGAUGUGGCCAACUCUUGGGCUACCAGCGUUUCCUCCAGAUCCAUCUCUUACAGACAGGCCAUGAUCUUCGGUACCAUCUUCGAAAUGCUUGGCGCUAUUACCGUCGGUGCCCGUACUGCUGAAACCAUUAAAAACGGCAUUAUUCCCAACUCUGCCUUCCAGAACAAUGCCGGUGUGCAGAUGCUUGCCUUUACUUGUGCCCUUGCCGCGGCUUCGUCUUGGGUGAUGUGGUGCACCCGCCACUCUGCCCACGUCUCCUCCACCUACUCCUUGGUCUCCGCUGUUGCUGGCGUUGGUGUUGCUACUGUUGGCGCCUCCAAGGUUCAAUGGGGUUGGCAUGACGGGAAGGGUCUCGGCGCCAUAUUUGCUGGCCUAGGCAUGGCCCCAGUCAUCUCUGGUGGAUUUGCAGCUACCAUCUUCAUGCUUGUCAAGUUGGUUGUCCACAUGCGCAAGAACCCCGUUCCCUGGGCCGUCUACACGUCGCCUUUCUUCUUCCUUAUUGCUUCCACUAUCUGCACCCUAUCUAUUGUUUAUAAGGGCUCACCUAAUUUAGGGCUUGGCAAGAAGCCCAGUUGGUAUAUCGCCGCCGUGACGAUGGGAACUGGUGGCGGCGUGGCUAUUCUUGCGGCCAUCUUUUUCGUCCCUUUUGUCCACUCCAAGGUCAUCAAGAAGGACCAUUCGAUUCGGUGGUGGCACUUCAUCUUUGGCCCUCUGCUCUUCAAGCGCCCUCCGCCCGACCAUGCCGAGCGCGCCAAUGUUCCGAAUUAUGCCGUUGUUCAACACGACAAGGACCUCGACGAGUCUGCCGCACACUCCCCCGAGUUGAGGGCCGAGGAUGACUCUGCCAAGGAGCAUGGCGUCAUGUCUACUGCCUCCGAGGCCCCCAAGGGCAGCGAGAAUAGCCUUGCCAACCUCGAGGGCACGCAAAAGUCUUACAAGGAGCUGGUUGCUGAGGGUGAAGCUCGAUUCAACGCUCGGCUGAUGAAGAAGCGCGGACCCCUUGGCUGGGCCAUGCGGACCCUACGCGACAAUCCCAUGGGUGCUGGUCAGAUGUACGAGCUGCACAACAUCAAGAUCCUUGCCAAGCGCAUGCCUGCAAUGGUUGUCUGUGGCUUCCUGUACGGCCUUCAUUAUGAUAUCCAUGCCGCCCAGUCUGGUAUUGAGGGCACGCCUGAAGGCGAGCGCAUGAAGCGCGUCUAUGCUUCUGCUGAAAAGUACUCUGAUGAGGUUGAACAUACUUAUUCCUUUGUUCAGGUUCUCACCGCCUGCACUGCUUCCUUCGCCCACGGCGCCAACGACAUUGGCAACUCUGUCGGUCCUUGGGCCGUCAUUUACGGUGCCUGGAGGACGGGCAACGCCGCUCAGGCCAAGGCUCCCGUCGAUGUCUGGCAGCUCGCUGUGCUCUCUGCCACUAUUUCUCUUGGUCUUAUAACCUACGGCUACAACAUUAUGAAAGUCAUGGGCAACAAAAUCACGUACCACUCCCCCAGCCGUGGCAGCUCUAUGGAAAUGGGGGCUGCCAUCACCGUCCUGGUCUUUUCUCAGUACUCUCUCCCCGUGUCUACGUCCAUGUGCAUCACUGGUGCUACUGUCGGCGUUGGGCUCUGCAACGGAACCAUCAAGGCUGUCAACUUUCAGCGAGUGGGACUUCUCCUGUUCUCUUGGAUCAUGACCAUUCCCAUUGCUGGCACCAUUGGAGGCGUUCUCAUGGGCCUGUUCCUCAACGCCCCUAAAUUCUAG